AGCAGAGACUUCAGGGGCGCAACUGUACAUGCAUGGACGUUGUGUACUAAAAACACUGGAAAAUAAAUUUAAAUUUCCAGUCUGCCAACUGUCAUUUUCCCCUCCGUCAUUCAUUGACAAGUCCAGCAUAAACAUUGCUAAGUCGAUCAAUGUCACUUCGGCUGUUUACAACAUUGGCCAGGUUUCUCUUGAUGAACAACAUCUCCAGCAUCAUUCUCUUUGAGUAGACACGGUGCGUGUCCAACACCUUGGUGUCCCCGAAGGCGAAUUCGUGGUGUGGAUCUGUGUCAUAGACAUGGGCACACAGCGAGGUACAAGGCACACAUUCACAUCCGUAGAUCUUGCAAUCCUCUUCCUCAUCUUCUCCGUGACACCCGGAAUGUGCACCAACGACCGGAAAGGCCCUGGGUCCACCUCCACAGCCGGAACACCGUCCUCCGGACGACGCUGUCGAUCAUGCUCACUCAACAAUCUCCUGAUGAUCUUGGGCGGAAAAUCGUUCUUCCUGAGGAGAGAAAACAAUUGCGAGUCCACAUCCACGUCAGGCUUAGUAGUGAGUCCCCUCACUCUCUUCACCAAGUUUCUUCCCACAUUGACAAUCAUGUUGAAGAGUGAACUGCAACUUCGGAUGGAAACUAUUCACCCUCAACAGCAUAUCAUCGACGUCAUCCUCGUGGACAAACACAAGAAGAUCAUCCACAUACUUUUUGACGCAAUCAAUUCUCAGCUGGGAGCACUUCAGGGUUUCAUCAAGGAGUCUCUGAAGCACCACGUCAGCGACGAUGGGGCUGAUUGGAGAUCCCAUGGCCACGCCAUCAAGUUGAAGGAAGAAUUCUCCAUCGUACAGGAAAUAACCCGAUGUCAAGCAGAACUUCACCAAUUUCAGGAAAUCCCCUUUUGUGAUCUUUGUGUGAGGCUCAAUCUCCGAGAAACGCCUGUCAAUCUCUUCAAGAGCCAAAUCAACAGGAACGUUCGUGAAUAAAGAUAUUACAUCUAGACUCA